AUGUAUGUUGCUCCUCAAUAUUUACCUCCAGAGCAACAAGAUUUGCCUGCAGAAUAUGAUGGGGAUGAAGGCCCCGACUAUGCUUUGGAUGCAGAAGACAGAACUACUGAGAUUUUGAAAGAUCUGGACAUCACUGAUUAUGAUAAUGUUGAGAAUAUUCUAAAUCAACCAGAAAUUACACCCCAAAAGACUAGAUCAUACCUUAAUAAGGUAAUAUAUAAUGGAAAUUUUUUGAGAAACCAACUAAAAGGUUAUAAGACACAAGCUACAAACGCAUAUAAUAAGGGCCAGAUAAAUGAAGCACAAAGGGCCCAGGAAAAUACAAUAGAUGAUGGAAGAGUUGUGUUCAACCAGUAUAUCAACUAUUAUGAGACUAAAACAAAAGGGAAUACAAGGUUCAGGAAUGCCAAAAAGAGGAGGUAAUGUGAUGUUCUUCAAUAACCCCAAGCAAUUGUUCAAAAAGUUAGAAUUAAUUAUCGGUGAAAUAAUGGCUGGUAAUACAUCAAUUGACAUGCGUAACAUGGGAGUUACAAUACUGGACACAUUAUUGAGAACCUCAGCAAUUAAUAAAGCUCAUCAUGCAAAAUUGUAUAAGCAAUAUUUUAAUACAAUCUAAUUAUAUAAUACAUGGAACAAGAAACAGUUUUAUCCUCCUACUCGGUUAAAAACAAAGGAAAUAAUAAACCUAGAAACUUUGAUACCAAAUUCACAAGGCCAAUAGUCUUAGACAAUAAUCAUGAUAGUAUGUUGUUGGUUUAA